AUUGGGAAUGGCUCUUCAUCUUCCUCUGAUCUUUCUGCUUAUGAUUCACAUGGUUUCUAUUGCUGGUUGGGAUGUGAAGUACAGUCAUUCACACAUCUGUGCACUAAAGGGCUCAUCAGUAAUAAUGAGCUGCAAUUAUACAUACCCUAGUGGAUAUCACAUCAAGAAAAUGUUCUGGACCGAAGGCCCUAUAGAACAUGUAAAUCCUCCAGAUCUGUCUGAAAAUACUGAAUACAGUCAGAGGCUUCAGUAUCUGGAAGACAAACAGCAGAACUGCACCAUCAGACUAAGUAAUGUGACACACCGGGAUUCACACAAGUAUUAUUUCAGAUUCAUCACUGAUAAAGAAAAUGGCAAAUGGACUGGUAAACAAGGAGUGACUCUUACUGUCACAGAUCUUCAGGUGGAGUCUCCUGAGAGAGUGACAGAAGGAGGUAAUGUCACUCUGUCAUGUAAAAGCAGCUGCACUCUGACUGACAGAGCAACAUUCAUCUGGUACAGAAACUCACAGCCAUUAACUGAGAGAAGAGACAGAAACAAUGAACUCCUGCUGCAGUCAGUCAGAAGAGAGGAUGCAGGCAGAUAUAGCUGUGCUCUACAUGGACACACUUACAUCUCUCCUGCUGUUCAUCUCAAUGUUAUGUAUCCUCCACAGCACACAUUUGUAGCAGUGAGUCCAUGUUGUGAACUAGUGGAAGGUAAUUCAGUGAAUCUGAGCUGCAUCAGUGAUUCAAACCCACUUGCUCUGAACUUCAGCUGGUUUAAAGGAGGAAUGUUUGUAGGAUCUGGAAGAAUCUACAGCAUCUCAAAGAUCAGCUCUGAUCACAGUGGAGAAUACAAGUGCAAGUCCAUCAAUGAACAUGGAGAAAAAGACUCUGAUGCUGUGACUUUAAAUAUCAUGUCUGUAGGAUGUCCAGUGAUAUUGUACAUAUCCAUUGCAGUUGUUUGUGGAGCUGCAGUUGUUAUCAUGAUGCUGCUUAUUUGGCAGCUCAAGGUGAAAGAGAGAAAGGACACACAGGAAUCUGAGAUGAAUCAGUCCAGGCCUCGUCACAACAGAUGUCAGUCUGAUGUUAAGCUGGCUGAAUCUAUAUAUGAAAAUGUACUGGUAAGUUAUUGCUAUGGUUAUUGUCUGGAUUUUACAUGUUUGCUUGCUUAUUUAUUAAUGUAUUUAUUUUAUUUUUUUCUGUCGUGUUCACCUGGGGUUGUCUUGCCUUAAAAAACACACUUUAUAAACACAAAAGGAGAAUGCAUAAAAUGUAAUUCUUCUAUAAACACCACAAACAUAGCCACAGUGUCAUUAAAUAUCAGCCAGACAUUGGAAUUGUUAUUAAUCAAUGUAUUACUGAUCUACUUUUUUUUUUUUCUUUUUUUCUUUCAACUUGACAAGAAGAUGCCAUAAUAUUUGGGAUACAUACCAAAAUAUUGUAUAGCUUCUGUGAGUGGAGCCCUAAAUAAUUGACGGCAGUGUCAUGAUUUACAUUUAUUCAUUCAGCAGAUGAUUUUAUCCAAAGUGACUUACAAAUGAUGACUUUCACAACCCCACGAUGAUGUACACAAUGCUAAAUUUAAAUAUGUGCUAUAUCAAUAGAGAAGUGCUGAACCCAUCGAGGAGAAGUUGAAGACUUGUGUGCAGUAGUGUUUGAAUUAU